CGCGCGGGCCGGGCGCGCGGCCGCGGGCAAGAUGGCGGCGGGUGCGGGGUGGCUUUGAGGCGCCGGCGCGGCGGGGAUGGAGCCGCCCGCGGCCCCGAGCCCCGAGCGGCUCUUCGACUCGCACCGCUUCCCGACCGAUGGGUUCCUGCUGCUGGCCCUGCUGCUCUACGCCCCCGUGGGGCUCUGCCUGCUCGUCCUGCGCGUUUUCAUCGGCGUCCACGUGUUCCUGGUCAGCUGCGCCCUGCCCGACAGCGUCGUGCGCCGGUUCAUUGUCCGUGUGAUGUGCUCCGUGCUGGGGCUGCUGGUGCGGCAGAGCGACCCUCGGCUGCGCGGGGCUGGCUCCAGGGUCUUCAUUGCCAACCACGUCACCCCCUUCGACCACAAUGUCGUCAGCCUGCUCACCUCCUGCAACACGCCUGCCCUGAGCGGUGCCCCAGGGUUCAUCUGCUGGUCCCGGGGGUUCAUGGAGCUGGGAGUGAGCAGCAGCCGUGCAGAGCUGGUGGAUUCUCUGAAGGAAUACUCUGCCCAGCAGGGGAACCCCCCACUGCUGCUGUUCCCAGAGGAGGCAGCCACCAACGGCAGGGCCGGGCUGCUCCGCUUCAGCUCCUGGCCCUUCUCCAUCCUGGAUGAGGUCCAGCCCGUUGCCCUGCAGGUCCGCAGGCCCUUGGUGGCUGUGAGUGUGGCUGACUCCUCCUGGAUCACAGAGCUGCUCUGGACCUUCUUUGUUCCCUUCACAGUUUAUCAAGUAAGGUGGAUGCCGUCUGUCCCCAGACGAGCGGACGAGCGGGUUGAGGACUUUGCGCUCCGAGUUCAGGAGCUCUUGGCCAUGGAGCUGGGUGUGGUAUCCACACGGAUCACCGCUGCCGACAGGACCGAGCACAUGAAGAGGCUGAGGCACACGGCACGGCUGCCCUUUGCCCCAGCCUUGAGCCAGCGCCCAGCAGCCCGGCCCAGGGUGCCCCCCAGCCUGCCUGGGGGUGCCCCCGAGGACAUGGGGGUCAUGGCCAUGGCACAGCAGGUCAAGGAGGUGCUGCCCCACGUGCCCUUGGAGGUCAUCAGGACAGACCUGGUCCAAACCAACUGUGUGGACACCACCAUUGCCAACUUGCUGGAGGGCAGAGUUCCCUUCUUCCCUGAGAGUAAAGAGGCUGGAGACCUGCCUGCCCCGUCUACCUCCCAGGCUGCAGCUGCUUCUGGCAUCCAGGGCUCUGUGGCUGCGCCUUCUUCCAAGCCGGCUACAAAGCAGUUUGCAAAGUCCCCCGUGGAGCGUCACAUGUCCUUGCAAGAGAGGAAACGAGCCUUGUACGACUAUGCCAGGAGGCGGUUCGCUGAGAAACACGGCGCGGCAAGGGUCGGCGGCAGCCCCUGACCGGGUCGGACCGGGCCGGUGGCAACCCCUGACCGGAGCCCCGAGCCGGACCGGGCCGGGCCGGGCCGGUGGCACCGGGAGCGCGCGGGCCCCGCGCGGGCGGGCGGGACGGGCGGGGCGGGGGCGCCCCCUGGCGGCGGAAAUAAACGGCGGCAGCGUC